GUCCAUACAGUGGAGGGAUUUAAGCCCGUUGAGCCCUACGGUGACCAACCUUAGUAAAGUGCAUUUGUUCUUAAAACAUGAGCUUAAAAAGAACUUUGAAAUCUCUUCUAUCGUGACAUUUUCCCCGUAGCAAAGAGAACCUGUUUGUAGUGCGACAAGCAGAUGAACACUGUUUGCCUCUGGCCUUCCACAUUAUCCUCUCCACAAACCAAAAUAAACCUGCAGAGGCCAAACUGCAGCUCCACACAGUGUGUGUGUGUGUGUGUGGCUGUCGACUUUGUUUGUCGAUAUCUUUACCUGCCUGAACACAAAAGCACGGUUCCACCUGGUCGACUUGCCUCUGCAGACAGGGUCAUAUUACCCGGGGCUGGUUUAACGGCUGCACCAGCCCUUAUCUGCUGCUGUGAGCGUAGCGCCAUGAAUCACAGCGGCAAACAGACGCCUCACGGGUGACGGGUGCGGCUCAAUUAAGGCUUUAACUAGGCCUGUGUCCAUUGUUUUAAUGUCUCAGUAUUACCCAUGAUGCAAUUAUUACACAAUUAUCUUCACAAGGCAUCAAAUCCUUUACAUCUUACAAGCAAUACUAUUCUGAUAUUUAGAGGUUUUGGAUGUAAUGUGUUAACAAUCAGUUUGUGGUACGUUGUUGUUUAAUGGUGGAAAUUAACUUACUAAAAAAAAAAAAGAGAAUGAUCAAAAGUUUGAUGAUUGUCGCCAUCUGGUUGCUACUUUAAGUACUUCUUCCAGGGGAAAAGUCCACCGCUUCUUUUCGGUACCACGUGUUCAUAUUUUAGGUACUUUGAGGCCAUUAGCGCCGCCCUCCUCGUGGUCACGUGUCUCUCUCUCUCGCUCUAAAUGAUGAUCGAGAUUCACCUCAGCUGCGCCUCUCCGCGUUCACUCGGAGCUGCUGCCGAAGAGGAGGAAGAAGAAGAGGAAGAAGAAGAGACCCGCGACUUCACCACGUACAGGAAGGAGAGCUUUGUUUACCUCCGUUCAGACGUCUGCGCACCGUGAUGAUGAUGAUGACGAUGACGAUGAUGGCCCAUCCUUCCAUUUGAACACGCGCGUUGGAGCGGGGCGGUGCAGGGUCCCUUUUUUUCGGGGGUGGGGGGGUCGUCGUUUCUUCCUGAUUGUUUUAAAACCCCGCAGAGAUCUGAGCCGUGUCGUGUUCUGAAGAAGAAGGAAAUAAUAACUGGGCACUAGAAGAUGCCGCUGGGCAGAGCGGCCGAUGCUCCCCGGGUGGGACCAUGAGAGGAGGCGGCAUGGACCUGCUGUGGAGGAUCUUCGCAGCGCUCCGAUUCGACUGCUGUAAAGACUCAUCGUCGUCCAAGUCGCCCACCAAGCAGAGCUGCAGCCAGGCCGGCAGCCUGGAGAGCAGCUCCCUGACCGGCUCGGCGUCGCUGGGCCCCGACCUGCCGCACUGCCAGGGCUGCAUCACCUACGAGGCCCGCCUGAAGCGCCUCUCCUGCGGACACCUCUACUGCGACGCCUGCUGCGACCAGAUCGUCAACCUGGCCUUCGAAGACAUCGAGGGGCUGUCCGACUACCCGUGCCCCACCUGCAAGUCCAUCCGGCAGCUGGGAGGCCUCGGCCCGUCCGCCUCCGGGUACUUCUACGGACCCGACGGCCUCCUGCAGCAGGAGCCGGGCGCGGGGAAGGGGCCCGGGAGUCGGUGGGGGUGAAGAGGGGGACUCUCGCGGUCACUGCCGAGGAAGCCACGUGGUGACGUGAAGUGUACUUUUACCGUGUCUCUCGUGCUCUGUCGUCCGUGGUUACCAGGUGUAAACGUGGUGCGUGAGACUCUCACCCGGGAGUUUAGAAGGGGCCAAAAUGCAUCUCAGUACGCGAUAAACCCGCUUGUCAUCGUAACACAUUGUGGUUCAUUUUUCUUUCCAGAAAAAUGUAAAAUGUCAUGUAUUGUAUGUACAGCGUGCAGGUUUUCUGCCUACUUUGUGUAAAAAGCUGAGUGGUAUUCUACGUAACAUGAUGCUGGGAGAGCUUCACCGCGCUACCUGUGCAGUAUAUAUAUAUUUUAUAUAUAUAAGUAUUAAGCGUUUUUGCACAUGAAUUGUCAAAGGUCGUUUUAUUCUUGUCACGCGAGGCGGUCGGGUUUUAAAUGACAUGUAGUGUAAUGCUGCUUUUUAAGUGUCCCAGGUCAUAUGUACAUAUUUAUUUUGUUAGAAAAUAAAGUUUGAGCUGUGUGA